UCCACAGAGCCCCCAGGCAUCUGUGCUGUUCCCUUGGAGAGCAUUUCUAGAAGAUGGAGGACCAUUUCCAGUUAUUAGUAGCAGCCCAGAUACCCUGGAAUAUAAUAUGCAGCUGUGCCUCUGUAGGUUGGGUGACCAUGACCUCAAGGUGGCUCAUGGAGAGCUGGUGGACAUGCAACUGCUAAUGGAAGAUGUACUUCUGAGUAGUUAUCAUAUGAUCGCGGAGGGCCCCCCAGGACGGCAGGGCACACUAGACAGAAAUACGCAGGCAAAUUUGCCCAGAGCGUCAGGAUUCGGAAGUCAGUUCCAGAGCAGCCCAAAGGCCCCCGGGCAUCUGGGAGGCCCGUGUGAGGCAGUGGUGUCCCUUGCUUUGCUGAGAUCGUUUCUGGUGCUGUGGAAGCAGCUGGAGGUGCUGAAGGAGCAGUGGGGCCGGCUCAGGCUGCGAGGCCAGGACAUCACUUCUGUCUCUCUGCACAAACAGUUCUCGGAGCUCUACGAAACUGACAUUCUGUACCCCAGCAUGAAAGCUAUAGCUCGGAGGAUGGGGCAAGAAGAUGCAUUUGAAGAACUUAUAAUAAGUAGUCAGUCUAUUCUUCCCCCCGAAGGAGCCUCGGAAAUUGCAAUAAAGACUCAGCAGCUUCAGACACUGCUGGAAAAUCUUGAAAUUCAUAUGAUCCAGGAGGUAUUAAGACAAGUUAACAGAGAGAUAGCCCUGGUUGUGUCAGAAAAGUCCAAGGAGCAGCCUACUCUCCCCACAGACCUUUGGAAAUGCCAAGUCAUGAAAGAAAACUUUUCAGUUAUCAGACCACAAAUAGUUGAAAAAUUUAUGCAGAGAUUAAUGGAGAAUUACCAGGAUGGUGGACUAGAGAUCACGUUCAGGAAAGACCACCUGGAGGCCUGCCUCCUUUCCCUGGGGUGUGAUGUGAUGGCGCGGGAACGCAGCAACUUCGAGAGCUACUCCAUGUGUUACGAGCAUGUGCUGGAGCACACGAGGCUGAAGCUCUGUCAGACGGAGCAGGAAUUAGAUGUUUUACGAAGAGGUCAGAGUCCACCUGAGGAUAAUGCUGGCCAGGUUGCGGAGCUCAGUCAUGAUAUGAUCAUGGAAAUCACUGCUCUGAGAGCCCGCCUCACGGAUUUGGAAGAGGAGAAUCUGAAUCUCGAAAAGCAAGUCAGAAAAGAAGUGCAAGAAGAAUAUGCAGAUUUAGUCAAAACCUUGUUUAUGGGUUGUUUACACAUGAAAGAGAAGUUGCAUGAGAAUCAGCUUAAUUUGAUCCAGAAAGUGUGUGAGCUCAUCAGCGAAGUGAGAACAGAAUGGAUGGAUCACAUGAAGGACCUAAAGAAAAAAUGGGGCUCUGCCAGACCUGAUGAAGGAAUGAAAGAAAGCACAGCCAAAGAGCAGCUGCGGGACUUGGAGCAGGAGAACUGCAGCCUGGCCGCCCUGGUGUGCAAAGUGAGGAGCCUGGGCCGCUGGAGGCUGGCUGUGCAGCAGGCUCGCUUCCGGGGCCAGCUGAGCAGGGCCCAGAAGGAGGCUACACAAAGUAAAAAGGAGUGUGUGAGCACCAAGCUAAUGGCAGAACAAGAAGUGGUUUUAUUUCGCCAACAGCUACUGGCCCUGAGGCAGGCCCUGGCCCGGGCUCAGGCCCACAACGUGAGGAUGUGCGAGCAGCGGGAGAGCCAGGCCCGAUUGCUGAAAGAGUUGGAACACAAAACGACCCAGGAAUCUCUCCACCGGCAGCAGCUGGAUUUACUGAAAACCUCCAGCAUAGAGAGGCUCUUGGAAGAUGUGGAGCAAAAAGAACAGCACCUGCAGCUCCUGGCUGAAGAGGCUGAGCGGGCUGCUAGACUGGGCCAGCUCCAGAGGAGGAAAACUGAGAGAGAACUCCGACAGAUGAGAAGGCAGCUUGCCCAGGAGCGCAGCGUGAAGCUGGACGCUUUCCAGCGCGUAGAAGAGCUACAAAGUCAGCUUAAUGACGCUGUGAGGUCGUCUGUCCCGAUGAGCUCACCGGGAGGCCUUAUAUCCCGGGCUCCGUACUCCCUCAGUUCUGCUUCCGCAUCAUCCAGAUACUCCCAGCAACACCUUUUAAAGACUAACCUUAUGGGCAAUAAAAUAACAGGAAGGAUUCAGAGGCCGAAGACUGUACCUACUAAACACAAAAGAAGGAUUGAUGAUAUCUUCCUACCCAAUGUGGCAGAAAAUGUUCAACUUACAGCUUUUCAAGUUCAAACAGCUCCAUCCAGAAUCCCAUUUAGACCCGAUUGGUAAUCAUAAAUCCUUUUCCAACUUUUAUUUCUAUAAGCACUUAAAUAAAAGUGACUCUAAACUCCA